UUACGGCCCAUCUCAUUGCAACAGUGUUCUCUCCAGAACCCAGUGCAAAACAGAGCUGCAAUUCAUUUCUGGGUCAAUCAAGCUUUUAUUUCAACGGAGAUGAUGAUGGCACUAAAAGCUAAACCCCUCUCAUCCCCAUCACCAUUUUUCAGGUACUCGCCGCAAAACCCAAUUUUCUUUCUCCCUCGAUUACUCUCUUCCCAAACCCCAAUCGACAGUGACGUCGACACUGUCUACCGCAUAGUCAGUAGCUCCACCCGUUCCCAAAACUUGAAGCAAAACUUGAAAUCGAGCGGUGUUUUCCUCUCAAAUGAUUUGAUAGAUGAGGUUCUGAAGCGGGCCAGGUUCAGCCAUGGAAACCCUUUACACGCUCUCGAGUUUUUCAAUUACACUGGGAAUAGGAGAGGGUUUUAUCACACCACAUUUGCACUUGACACAAUGCUUUAUAUGUUGGGAAGAAGUCGAAUGUUCGAAAAGAUGUGGGAGGUUUUGGUUGAGAUCAAGAGUAAGGAUAGGAAUUUGAUAACUCCUCGUACUGUGAUGGUUGUUUUAGCUAGGAUUGCUAAGGUUUGUUCUGUUAGGGAGACUGUGGAGUGUUUUAGAGAGUUCAAGAAGCUUGUGCCCGAAUUCGACACAGCUUGUUUCAAUGCGUUGUUGAGGACUCUUUGUCAAGAGAAGAGUAUGACAGAUGCUAGGAAUGUGUAUCAUAAGCUGAAGCAGAGCUUUAGGCCGAAUUUGCAGACCUUUAAUAUAUUGUUAUCGGGUUGGAAGUCAUCGGAGGAUGCUGAGGGGUUUUUCGAGGAGAUGGGGGAGAUUGGUCUGAAACCUGAUAUUGUUUCGUACAAUUGUUUGAUCGAUGUUUAUAGUAAGAAUAGGGAAAUGGAGAAAGCGUUUAAGUUGAUGGAAAAAAUGCAUGACGAGGAUAUAUCACCGGAUAAGAUCACGUAUACUUGUGUCAUUGGGGGAUUGGGGUUGGUUGGUCAGCCUGAUAAAGCCAGAGAUGUGUUGAAGGAAAUGAAGGAGCUUGGGUGCUACCCAGAUGUUGCGGCAUACAAUGCUGCCAUUAGGAAUUUUUGCAUUGCAAAGAGGCUUGGUGAUGCUAAUGGGUUGGUGGAGGAGAUGAUAAGUAAUGGUUUGAGUCCAAAUGCAACUACUUACAAUUUGUUCUUUAGGGUUUUCUUCUGGUCAAGUGACUUGCAGAACUCUUGGAGCUUGUAUGGGAGAAUGAUGCAUACUGGGUGUCUGCCAAAUACACAGUCGUGCAUGUUCCUGAUCAGGUUGUUUAAGAGGCUGGAAAAGGUGGAUAUGGCAUUGCAGCUGUGGAAUGAAAUGGUGGAGAGGGGUUUUGGGUCUUAUAUAUUGGUAUCUGAUGUGCUGUUUGAUUUGCUGUGUGAUAUGGGUAAACUAACAGAAGCAGAAACGUGCUUCUUGCAGAUGGUGGAGAAGGGGCAUAAGCCAAGUAAUGUUUCCUUUAGAAGGAUCAAGGUGCUUAUGGAACUGGCAAACAAGCAUGAGGCCCUCAAGAACUUGACAGAGAAAAUGGCACUUUUUGGCUCUUCAAUCCAUCUUCCUGAGAGUAUGGAUAGGUCAACAGAGGUACCACGCUCAGAACCACUUGCUUGAAAAAGUAUACUGGUGAGUUGUGUCAAGUCAUUAAUUGGCAAUGGUGAUAACUAAUGCUGCAAAAUUGCUGAUUGAUAUAUCAAAAGAGGUGCGUUACACAAUUGGGUUACAGAAGCUUGCCAUGUGAAGUGUUAACUCCUAAGAAUCUCGAUUCGGCACUCAGAUCUUUUUGUUGGCCUGGGCCUUUUCCUGUGACAUGGUUAUACUGGGUGGCAAAUUCAGUUGGUCUAGCUAUUUUGCCCAGUGGCAUGGGCCAUUGAACUAGGUUCUCUGUUGUUGAUUUUUUAUUGAAAAGGAGCAAGUUGUCAAUUUAUAGUCCGGUUGGGAAAGUUACGCAGUCUCAAAAAUGCUGAUGUCACUAUUUACUGGCCUUUAACACGGUGAAGUCGCUGGCUCACCCACUGAGACUGCUUGUUCCACUAAUUUCCCAACUUCCCUCUAAUUCGGUUAGACAAGUAUCCAGUUAGAGUCGGAAUUACAGUAAGGAAAUUGUAUCUGUGAGGCAAAAUCACAACAGAGCCAUUUUCACAACCUUUGUCCCAUCAGAUGAUAGCAAGGACUUGGAAGUUUGUGCACUUGCAGUUAUUCCUGAGCAUGUGCAGCAGAGUGGAGGCAGCUUCAGCUCAAAGUAUGGGACCUAACCAUAAUGCAUUAUAUGCUGUUUGCUUGAUCAUCUUUGCUGACCUGAUAAAAGGCCGCUCUUCCAAGGGUUUCUAUGAUAACCAUAUUGCAUUAUUCGGUAAUACAAUGUUUUUCUGAUGAUGUAGUUUGUCGGAAAAGUUGGUAGGCAUGUCUGUAGAUGUCAUUCCGUGGCUGUGUGCUGAGGCAAAAGCUUUCAAGCUCAGUAAUGUUGGGUUGGUACUUUUAUGUCUGAUGGUUUCUUAUGGUCAAUAGUUUACAUUUUCACUGCUGUAAGUGGGGUGAUGGUUUUUCCCGUUUGGUGUUUCAUGCGCUUUUUCAGCUUGUAAUCGUUUUUCAAUUUAAUAGAACAACAAACUAAUGUUACCAGAAAGUAAAAAAAGUUGAAGAUAGUCUAUACAAUUUGUUCUCAACAAAUGAUUCACCUUCUAUGUUAGAUAUAUUUGAAAGAAAAGAAAACUACAAUAGCUAGUAAAUUAGGUAAUAGCUGUACCAAUGCAACUUCAUAGCAAAUUAACCAGUAGAAAAGUGCUGUGGGUAAGUGGGUUAACUGGUAUACACCUGAGAAGUGAUAAUGACAUCAGAUCUCUGGGUAAUUGCAAUUACAGUGGGUUAGUGGCAGCGAAUGAGCUAGAUACGCUGACAUUACGAUUUUACCCUCACAUAAUCUGAGGAGUUUAUAUUCCUAUAAUUUAGUUUGAUAGGGGUAUUUAAGACAAUCCGAACUCUGGUGUAUUGACACUCAGUUCUGAAAGAAGCUUUGCUAUUCCCGCCAAAAGAAAGAGACGACAUCUAUUUUUGUCUUUACUGAACCAUAAGCGAGCUACCUAUCACCGCGUUCCACAUGCCUCUCUCUCUCUCUCUCUCUCUCUCUCAAAGGAGAUUACUGUUGACCCAAAAUAUCUCUGGUGUUGCAUGAUUGGAAGACCAAUAAAAAUGGUUGCAAGGCACGUAUUGCUGCCAAGUACAGUGGUGUGAACCUUGAAUUGGUGAAGAAUUUUGAGAUGGGGAUGUCCAAUAAGACUGCCAAUUUUCUCAAAUUGACCCCCUAUUGGGAAGGUUCCUUUGUUAGAAACACCUGUUGGUCCUGUUUUCGAGAGCAAUGCCAUUGUACACUAUGUUACUAGCUUGAAGGCAAAUAAUACUCUGUUUGGUUCUUCCUUAUUUGAACAUCCUUUGUGGAGCAAUGGAU